AUGGCGCGGCCUGACAGGCGAAUCAAUCUAGCGGUCGCCAGGGCCAUCCCUCCCUUCUUACUAUGUGUCUUUAUAUAUGCAUCCUAUGCGGUCACCAAGCCCUUAUGCAUCGACUAUCUGAUUCAUCCCCUUUCCAAGUAUGAUCGCGACAGUCACGCUGGCGCGGGAAUCGCCAUCCUCGUGAUCUACUACGUCCUUCUCCUGCUCGUUCUGACAACAUACUUCCGACUCUUGCAUACCGUAACCUGGAAUGCCGGGCUCCUGCCGCGAAAAGCUCCCCCGCCAGCAGAGACUGAACCUACACCACCCCAGUCAUCAGGUCGCCAUCAUCGAAAGAAGAAGAGACAUCGACGGCAUAGAAGUGUGGAAAAGGCCAACGCGAUAGACAGAGAUGUGGAGAGCGGGGCCGACUCGACCGCGGACGGGGACAUGAUUCCCUGGGAUACACAUGGGAUGGAGACCUUUUACACCAAAGACGUUUUUGUUUGCCAGCCGGAUGGCCGACCUUUGUACUGCUCCACAUGUUGUCAUUUCAAGCCUGAUCGGACUCACCAUUGUCGGGAGGUUGACCGAUGUGUUCGCAAGAUGGACCACUUCUGCCCUUGGGUCGGAGGAGUGGUCUCUGAGACAUCCUUCAAAUUCUUCAUUCAAUUCGUGUUCUACACUGCGCUCUAUUGCAUCUUUUGCUUAGUUGUUUGUGCAGUGUUUACUGCUGAGAUCAAACGCCAGACUGGAGGGGCGAAUCCUCAUCUGGCUGUUGGAAUUGGAUUCUCUAUGCAACUCGCCAUGUUGAACUUGACGACGAUCGAAAAUAUCAAUCGUCGGUCAGCCGUGUGGACCUUAGCCAUUCGCGUGCCGAACCAUCUGCUCGGUCGGCUCAAUCCCGACUCUCGCUGGGCCCCGACCUUCCGCACCAUCACGUACCCCUUACCCCCGAUGCCCCUCACCCCCGAGGCCCAGAAGAACUAUCAGCCGCCCGGGGAACAACACAUCUUCGCAAUUCUCCAAACCCUACCCGGAGAGAACCCAUUCGACCUCGGGAGUCCCUUCAAGAACCUCCAGCAGGUGCUUGGCUUCAACAUCAUCGACUGGUUUGUGCCGCUCAAGCAGAGUCCGUGUGUCGUCCGUAAGGACUCCGACAGCUUUUUCGAAUUUGGACCCGUGGUGUCACGGCUGAAGCGAGAGGCCGGGCUUGAGAAGCCAGCUUUGGAUGAGAGUCGUCCUUAA